UUAAACUUAGUGACUGUAGGGAUAAAGGUGGUAUUUUAUGAAUGCGCCCACAUGUCUUCUGUAAGAGAAGGUCAGCUGUUGUCGAGCACAGGGAAAAGUGGGAACUCUAUCAUAAAAUAAGAGACACUUGAACUUCACAACAUCGUUCAAUGAAGUAGCUGGCAUAAGAGGGAGUAUUCCCAAAUGAAUGAGUAAAUUAUUUGAUUGAAAGAGUGUGUGGUUCAAAGGUUUGUUCAGAACUGAAGUCUUGGAGAGGGAGGAGGCAGCUCUGAAACUCAGCUCAGUUCUCAUGGCAGCCGCCCAAGCAGUGUGAGCACCGGUAAUUCUUAGCAAAGGAGUAGAAAACAGCAACUGGUUUCCUGCCACAGUACAAAGCUUAAUGUGUAGUGAUAAUGAGGUUUCAAUUUCCUUUUUUUUUUUCCUGAUUGAUUUCUAAUUAUAUGGGUUCUUCACAGCACAGCUGUGUAACCCUUGUAUCAGCCAGUAUACUAGCUGAAUGCGUAACGUCACAUCCUCCUUGAUCUGCUUUUUUUCUCCUAGUGUUCAGAGUCCAUCUUUCACCAUGUUUUUUUGUUUGGUUUGGUUUGGUUUGUUUUUUUUUUUUAAUCAGAAAAAGGGAGUGCCACACCAUAGAGUUGUAGGCACUCCCAGAGACACUAUUAACCUCUUAAAAAUCUUGUCCAGCUGAGCAGUGCCUUCUGUGGUGUCUUGAAAGCAGGAACAGGACAAAGAGAGGAAGUAAGGGUAGAGUGGAUUGCAUACCCGUCACCACGUGGUUCCACUGGCAGAGCCAAGAAGGUCACAGCCAGCAUUGCCUUUGCCAUCCUGGGUUGGUGACGGUUGGGUUAGCACCGUCUGCUGGAGGAGGUAGAAGUGAGGACUUGGCAGGAAAGCAGAGUUGGGAAGCAGCCUUGAAACUCUCUUUACCUGGACAGUUCUUGUCCUUAUCGUCAGCGUCUGUCUCAAGAACUGCUUUAUAUCAAUUCCCGUCCCCCUAUCCAUCCAUUCUGCUGUGCUACAGUCCCACGAAAAAUGAGCCAUGCUCUCUAUAGGGGUGGGUGGUUGAUUUCAAAAGGCAGCAACUGAUUCAGCAGCCUGAGAGACUGAGGCCUCUUGCUGGGAACUGAUGACAGCACUGGGGUUUUAGUAUUGUGUUUGGUUUUGGGGAAGGACAGGUUGUGUAUCAGGAGGAAAACCUCUUGUCAUGAGAAAAAACUCUCAUCAAGGCAGCAGUUCCACACAGUAUCUGUUGACACAGCUCCAGGAAUAUUCAUAAAGAGCAUUCCUAUUUCCUCAUCCUAGGUUUUUUUUUCAUGUAUGUUUCAUGUCCAGAAUGACCUGGCGUUCUAGAAGGUUGUAGAUGAGGACUGUAACGCUAUUCCCUGAGUUCACUGUGCACCACCAUGAAGGUCACAACAGUUAUCUUGGGAAGCACGCUCUGACGGGAACAAGACUGCCCAGGAUGCCCAACUGCCUGACAAAAUUGACGACUGUGCUUUUGAGCCACAGGCUCAAGGCUCUGUUUAUCUUCAUCACUUCAUUUGUGUUCUUUGCUUCUGUAAGGUUUUACUGGAGAACUGAGGAGGAUGCUGAGGGCCAGCUCUACAGCCUGCCCACACAAAGCAGGUUUGGACAGUUUUUGUCUUCCCUUCCUUGUCCCACUGCCAGUGGGCCCCCUCUUUCCCCAGGGGAUGUGUUUUUUGUGGAGACUUCGGAGCGAACUAGCCCAAGUUACCUGUUCACGUGCUCUGUGGAGUCAGCGGCGCGGAGACACCCUGGGACGAGGGUCGUGGUGCUCAUGAAAGGCUUGGCAAAUGGUAACGCCUCGUUACCCAACCACUGGGGUUUCUCCUUGCUGAGCUGCUUCCCUAACGUGGAAAUCCGGCCCCUGGACUUGACAGAGCUUUUCUCUGGAACACCUCUGGCAGAGUGGUACUUGCAGGCUCAGCAGCGCCAGGAGCCUUAUUUCUUACCUGUCCUGUCUGAUGCCUGUAGAAUUACCAUCAUGUGGAAAUUUGGUGGCAUCUACUUGGACACAGACUUCAUUGUGCUUAAGAACUUAAAGAACCUCACCAAUGCCCUUGGUAUGCAGUCUCAGGAUGUACUGAACGGGGCCUUUCUGUCCUUCAAGCCCAAGCAUGAGUUCAUUGAGCUUUGCAUGAAGGACUUUGUGGAGAACUACAACGGCUGGGUCUGGGGGCACCAGGGCCCAUACCUCCUAACACGUGUCUUCAAGAAGUGGUGCUCCAUCAGUAGGAUCCAGAAGAGUAUGAGCUGCAGAGGCGUGAAUGCCCUUGCCACAGAAGCCUUUUAUCCUAUUCGCUGGGAGGACUGGAAGAAGUUAUUUGAAGAAAUCAGCUCCUUGGAGCUUCACAGGCUCCUUAAUAACACCUACGCAGUUCAUGUAUGGAACAAACUGAGCCAUGGGACAAGGCUAGAGAUCACGUCCCAGGCUUUUCUGGCUCAGCUGUAUUCUCAGUUCUGCCCUGCCACAUACGACAUCAUGAAGAAAGCCUCUGAAGAGCAGUCAAAGCCUGCAGCGUGACCUGUGGGCCCGUGGCUGCAGGAAAGUUCCCCAGCCUGAAGGAAACUAACGUGCCUUUCACCUUCCACAGAGCUGACUUCUAGCCCAUGGAGCAGGUGUUCUAGGACAGCUCGGUGAUUUUGUACCAUUUCCGAUACCUGCCUCAGAUCCUACAUGCUGCAAAUACAUACCAGAGCCUGAGUUUGGCAUCUCUUGUCCUGCAGCAGCCCUGGAUGCCACAGGGAAGGGUGAACCUGUUCAUUGGUGCCUACCAGUUGCUGCUCUGUUACUGUUCUCUCAAUUGCUGCUCCUGUGUAUCAGGCCUGAAAAUCCUCUCAUGUAGUUUCCAAGAAGGAAACCUUGCUUUCUGUAACAUUUCUAAGAAUGUAAAUAAAUGCCACCCGGUUCUGUAGGACACUGUUUACUGGAGCUUGGGACCAAAUUCCCUGAGUGGUAAAGAUUCUUACAGCUGGUGAAAUAGAUGGGGAAUAUAUUAAAAUUGCUUUAAGAAAUGGAAAACAUUUUAAAUCUC